CGAAAACACCUGAUAUUAAUUUGAAUAUCAAAACAAACACUUGUGUUACUAAUUUAGAGUAGUGUUGAAAACAACAUGGUUUCUAGCAAUUAAAUAAAUACAACUAUUUUCAACAACUCAAAAAUGUUCAAGCUUGUAUUACUAAUCACAAUGACCACGAUUACCCAACAAAUGGUACAUCCAUAUAAUCAGGCUAUUAGUAAAACACUUCAUCAGUUUGAUCUAAACGAGUUAACCGGGCGCUGGUAUAGUGUAUACAACAGUGGUCAGAGGCCCGGCAACAGUCUCUGUCCGGUGCUAGACGUACGGGUAGACAACGGCAAUGUUACUGUUACUGAACGCUUAGGUAUCGAUGUUAUCACAAAUGAAAUAUUAAUAUCAAACCAGAAUUUAAAGGGAAAAUUGGAAAAAGUGAUCAAUAUGGGCACUUUUACAAUAGGGCUACCAUGGUACAUUUUACAAGUGCACCCUGUGCUGGUUGUCUAUAAACAAAUAUCAUUCAAUAAGCAUGAAGACCAGUGGUCAGUCUAUAGCCGAGCACCGGCUGCGAGUGUGGGUGAUGUGGACCGGGGACUAGAAUUGUUGGCACAGGUCAAACCUGUGGGAACCGAUACUAAUGUACCUGCCCAGGUGCUCGUAAUACAAUCCGAUAAGUAA